AAAAUGAAAUCUCUUAGUGGGUUUUUGCUUUUAUUAAGCAUAGCUUUGGCCAUUCUUCGAUCAGUCCAAGCUCAAGAUCAAUCAGGAUUCAUUAGCUUGGAUUGUGGAUUAAACCCUAAGGAGGCAACGUAUACGGAUGAUAAAACGAAUAUAACGUACAUAUCAGACGCAGAUUACAUCGACAGUGGAUUAAUCGGGAGGAUCGAUGAACCUUACCAGACACAGUCUCCACAACAGACCUGGACCUUAAGAAGCUUCCCUGAAGGUCAAAGAAACUGUUACAACUUCAAUCUCAAAGCGAACAGCAAAUAUCUGAUUAGAGGAAGUUUUGUGUAUGGGAAUUACGACGGCUUGAAUCAAAUUCCUAGGUUUGAUCUUCACGUUGGUCCUAACAAAUGGACUUCUGUUGUGUUGGAAGGAGUAGGAAAUACGAAGAUCUGCGAGAUUAUUCAUGUUUUAGCACAGGACCGUCUUCAAGUUUGUCUUGUCAAAACAGGGAGAACGACACCGUUUAUAUCGUUGUUGGAACUUCGUCCGUUGAACAAUAAUUCUUACGUCACUCAGAGUGGAUCGUUGAUGACUUUUAACAGAAUUUACUUUCCCCACACUGAUCCAUCGAGAAAGUUUCUCAGGUAUGAUGAAGACUUUCAUGACCGGAUUUGGUAUCCAUUGCAGCUGAAUAACACUGUGUCGUUAAGCACCGAUCUUCUAGUCGAUACAAACAGCAAUCCCUACGAUGUGCCUCAAAAUGUGGUGAAAACCGCAGUAGCCCCUGCAAAGGCUACUCUUCCUCUCCACAUAUGGUGGACUCUCGGCGACAUCAGUGCACAAUCAUAUAUAUACAUGCAUUUCGCAGAAAUCCAGAAUCUUGGUUCUCAACAGAUUAGACAAUUCAACAUUUCUUACAAUGGUGAUCAGGUUUGGGAAGAUCUCUGUAGACCUCACAAACUCAACAUCACAACAAGCUUUAAUUCAAAAGCUUUGAGUUCUUCAGAUGGGAAAUUCAAUUUCACUUUUACAAAGACCGAAGACUCUACGCUUCCUCCACUUAUCAAUGCCAUUGAGGUUUAUACAGUUGUUGAAAAUUUGCUGCUCGAGACAUACCAAGAUGAAGCGAGUGGAUUGAGCGGUGCCAUAACACCUGAUAUAGCUAAUCUGAUACAAUUGAGAGAACUAGAUUUAUCAAAGAAUGAUUUAUCCGGAGAGAUUCCAGCUUUUCUUGCUGAUAUGAAGAUGUUGACGCUCAUAAACUUAAGCGGAAACCCUAAGCUUAAUCUCACAAUACCAGAUUCUCUUCAGCAAAGGAUUAAAAACAGAUCUUUAACACUAAUUACAGAUGAAAAAUCGGGUAGAAAGUUUGCUUUGGUUGCUGUUGCAUAUUCGGUGGCUGCCUUGAUCGCUUUACUAGCUAUCUUCACCAUUUGUUACAUUGUUGCAAAGAAAAAACGUAAAAGUACUAGAGAUUUUUACAUUUGA